AUGUGGACCAUCAACGAUUUCCCUGCAUAUGGUUCCUUGUCUGGUUGGAGUACAAAAGGUUACCUGGCCUGCCCUAAUUGUAACAUCGAUGCAUCAUCUCAGAGUUUGCGAAGUAAGAUUGGGUAUAUGGGUGCUCGGCGGUACUUACCUGAGAACCAUAAUUGGCAUAGAAGUAAGCUAUUCAACGGUGAAAUUGAGAAUCGAUCCAAACCUGUGGAGUUAUCAGGAGAACAAAUACUGCAGCAAAUUAAUUUGGGGACCAUUGAUGGCAAGAACAAGGACACCGAUAAAGCACGUUUGGAUCUGGAGGACAUGCAAAUACGAAAGGAGUUACACUUGAUAAGGCAUGCAAAUGGCUCUUUCCAGAAGCCUCCGGCAUUGUACACAUUGUCCCCGGCAGAACAAAUAGGGUUUUAUGAUUUCUUGCAAUCAGUUAAGUAUCCUGAUGGCUAUGCGGCAAAUGUAUCCAAUUGUGUCACGGCGAAAGGUGGUAAGUUAGUUGGCCUCAAGAGUCAUGACUGUCAUUUGUGCUCAAAGACAUUGAGGGUGACUGAUUUGGAGAAAUUGCAAGAACAAAUCAUACUUAUACUUUGUAAGCUUGAAAAGAUUUUUCCUCCUGCUUUUUUCGAUGUCAUGGUCCACUUGGCAAUUCAUUUGCCUUACGAGGCUAGGCUUGGAGGGCCUGUUCAAUAUCGAUGGAUGUAUCCUAUUGAGAGGAUGCUCAGUCUGCUUAAAGGAUUUGUGGGCAAUAAAGCUCGUCCAGAAGGAUCCAUUGCGGAGGCCUACAUAUCGAAAGAGUGUACGAGUAUGAACCAAUUGCAAAAUGAAAACUCACCUAAAGCAACCGAUGAGAUGUGGUCAUUAGCUAAUGGACCUAAUGCCUUAACGAAUACAUGUUUGGGAUGCAUUUGUAAUGGCGUCCAAUUCCAUACUAUCGACCGUGAUAACCGUCGUAAAUGUCAAAAUAGUGGGUUGGUAGUGAAAGGCGACCACGAAGACCAGUUGAUAAAGUUCUACGGCUACCUUUGUAAAGUGUGGGAACUAACAUAUUUGUUUGGACAUCGGGUUGUUUUGUUCCAAUGUGAAUGGUAUAACACCGGUAGUAGUCGAACUUUGCGCGUCGAACCACAUGUGACAACUGUUGACAUAAGAAGUCGAUGGUAUAAAGAUGACUCGUUUGUAUUCCCAAGCCAAGUUCAACACGUUUUCAAUGUUCCUGAUACGAAGUUAAGGCCGAAUUGGCGAGUCGUAGAAAAGUUUCAACAUCGACGAAUUUGGGAUGUGCCAGAGCUGGAUAUGCCAGAAUUUGAUGAAGUGUUGCAAGAUGAUGAAAAUAGUACUAUUGUACCAACUGAGCCUAUUGAUGAUGUUGUUGUUUUACGUCGGGAUGACAUUGUACCACAAAUUAUUUCAAUGGAAGUUUCUCAGUCCAAUAAGCGUGUACAACCGGAGGGUGUUAUGGAUGAUGCGUUCAUCUGCGAUGACGACGAUGAACUAACAAUCUCGGGUGAUGACGAAGAAGAUGAGAUGGAAAAUGAUUUUGAUACAGAUACGGAUCUAGAGUUUUAA